AUGGCCGCCCCCGCUCUCUCAGCCGGAUUAAUCGAUCCCACCAAACAAGCCGAGUACCCCAUUAUUUUGGGUGACAGGCUUUCAGGAAAAAAUGGCACUUCACUGUCGAAGCUGGUCAAUAUCCAAUAUAAUUACAAGACAAAGUCCGCGACCGCGCAACAAACCAUUACCAGAGCAUCGCAAUCGAGGGAUCACUACAACCUUACCAUUACGGACAAAGCGCCGAAUGCUGAACAGAAUACUUUAACAUAUUCUUACCAAGGUAGCAUUGACCCAGGGCAAGCUGUUUCAGAAUCCGAAGAGCGAAAUCUGGUCUUGGUGUUCGACUCCCAUCGAAAGGCCUUUGUCCUGGAACCGGUUACGACACAGCUCAAUUUCAACCUCCGCUCGGCUCCGGCGAAGACAGAGAAGCAAGUGCUAGAAAAGUAUGACCAGCUUCGGACUUUGCAAGAGGACGAUCAAGGCUCAGGAGACGAUCGGGGUUCAGACCAUGCCAGUGGGAACGACGAUGGUCCAGCAGAUGACACUAAUCCAUACGACUUCCGGCAUUUCCUUCCUAAGGAGAAUACCGAUGACGAUAAGUCGGUCUCAGACAACGCUACGCCAGAACCUCAUUAUAACACCAGCAAAGCCAAUACCCCAUUAAUGCCUGCGACUACCAAACCCACACCGAGUCCGAAGCCUAGCCCGAAGCCUCGUCCCAAAACCCAAUCCAAUCCUCUUCGUCUCCCAAAGCCGGCCAAGCCGGCCAAGCAUGACAGCGCAGGGACCCCCAAGACAAGCUCUAGGCCUAUACCUCGCGAUGAGGACGUGAAAGAGAAGGCGCCUGCUCAAGAUGUCGCAGUCGAAGCAGCCAAAUCCCCAUCUUUCGAAAAUGGAAGCAGCGCUUUGUUAUCCCAACAGCCAGCUCCUUCACCCGGGUCGAAUAUCAUCAUUGAUGGGGACCUCAUCAUUGAUCUGGCUCACCGCCACCUUCUCGACCUGCCAAAUAAUGAUGAUGAUGAAGAUGAGGAUAUCGAGGAUCUCCGGUUGCCCUCCCCUGCUGGACACGGAGGGAUACCUACUCGUUCCGGAAGGGUAGAGCCUAGUUACAACGCGCAAGCUGAUGAAGAUGAGGUUGAGGACGAUGACGCUUUGGCGGCAGAAAUGGAGGCUGCAUUCGAAGAAAGUGCUCGGGAAGAGGAGGCUAGAAGUCAUCAGUCAUUACACCAUUAUAAUGCUCCUAGCGAUGACGAGAGUGAGGUCAGUGAGGAGGAGUAA